GUCGGAAGUGUCCACCGACUGGCUCAGCUGUCAUCUAGAUGAAAGGAGAAACCAUUUACACCGGCCGUGGGGAUAUGCAGAAAAAGGAAAAACGCAGAAAUAUGGCAACAUCAAAACGAUAAGGUCAUGACGUCGAACUGAAGGUUUGAAAAAAAAAAAAAAAAAGUCGGUGAAAGCCAAAACCUACUGAUAAUUUACUGGGUGUCCUAAAUGGGGGACUACGGGUUUGGUGUUCUGGUGAAGAACAGCAGUAGUAACAAACCUGCUUUUCCUGUGAGAAUCCCUCCUCACCUCCAACCCCAGCACCCUCACCACCCCUCCAACCCCCCGAGCCCCCCUUCCUUCGUAAACAACACCUGCUCCACCAAUGGGGGCAGUGCUUGGCUGUUCCCUGCAGUAGCCCAACACAGUAACAUGCAAGAUGAGAUUCUGGAGUCGGACAAGUCUAAGGCUUUAGACCUCCAGGAAAUGCAGGAAAAGUCUCAGGUCCAGGCCCAGCCGCAGGCCCUCUCUCCAGGCCAGCAGGAGGCCAGCACUUCUUUAGGAGAGCUGGAGGGAGUUCUUCCUGAAGACAACAUAAUAGAAAAAGGUUCUCUGGAGAUCAGUGGUGGGAAGGAAAAGCUAAGAAUGGAGUCCCCAGUGCUCAGUGGGUUUGACUACCAGGACACCCUGGGAAUGGGUACAGCCGGAUGCACUCAGUCCCCCCCUUCUUCACUGACGAGCUUCAACAACUGGUCCCCUGCUGUACCAUCUACCCAGUCUCCUGUGGUAGGUGAUGACGUGGGGGGCUUUUUCGGUCCCGCUGGCUCCAAUGGCAGUGCACCUCCCCUGCUGUUCCAGAGCUUCUCCCACCACGCCGGGCCUGGCUUUGGUGCAGGUGGCAAUUUCUCUCCACAGAUUGGACCCGUCUCCCAGCAUCACCCCCCAACACCUCACCCCCAGCCCUAUCAUCCUCACGGCCAGGGGAUUCCACCGCAGCACCGGCGCUCCCCAGCAAGCCCUCACCCACCUCAGCCAUCUUUCCCUCCGCAUGCUCACCGGACCGGAGGCUUCCCCCAGCUGCCCCACCUCACUCCUGCCCAGAGCAAACACCCUUCGCCGUGGGGAAACUACCAGAGCCCCUCCACACCUACAUCAACCACCUGGAGCCCUGGAGGAUAUGGAGGCUGGGGGGGCACACAUGGGGUUCGGGAUUACCGACGUGGUGUAGGUGGAGGAAUGACUGGUCUAAACUCUAUCUCUCCAUUGAAGAAGUCCUUCCCCAAUAGUCAGGUUCCUUCCCAGAAAUUUCCUCGAAAUAGCUCUGGCUUCAAUCACAAGGGCUGGGUGGAGGAUGCAGUGAGCCGCAAUGAUAGUGUCUACCCUUUCCAGCAGGAGAGAACCCGCUCCUUUGAUGGUUUCAACAUGCACUCUCUGGAGAACUCCCUGAUUGACAUUAUGAGGGCUGAACAGGAUUCCUUGAAAGGACGCUUCAGCUUCCCUCACCAGGGUGGAGAUGGGCCUUUGCCUAUGAAUGCGAGAAGCUAUGGCAGAAGACGAGGUCAUUCCACUUUGUUCCCUAUGGAGGAUGAGCGCUCUUUCGGAGAUGACGAAACUACUGAUCAGGGGCUCGGUGGACUAGGCUCAGCGCACUGUUUCCCACACCUCAAUGGGGAGCGUAUAGAGCGUUACUCUCGCAAAGUGUUUGUUGGAGGGCUGCCCCCGGACAUAGACGAAGAUGAAAUCACUGCUAGUUUUCGUCGUUUUGGCCACUUGUUUGUGGACUGGCCGCACAAGGCAGAAAGCAAGUCCUAUUUCCCCCCGAAAGGAUACGCCUUCCUGCUCUUUCAAGAUGAGAGCUCUGUUCAGGCUCUGAUCGAUGCCUGCAUUCAAGAAGAUGGCAAACUGUACCUCUGUGUCUCUAGCCCCACCAUCAAAGACAAGCCUGUCCAAAUCAGGCCGUGGAACCUAAAUGAUAGCGACUUUGUCAUGGAUGGCUCUCAGCCUCUGGAUCCAAGAAAGACCAUUUUUGUAGGCGGUGUCCCUCGCCCGUUACGUGCAGUGGAGCUGGCCAUGAUCAUGGACCGUCUCUAUGGUGGAGUGUGCUAUGCUGGCAUUGACACAGACCCUGAGCUGAAAUACCCAAAGGGGGCGGGGCGAGUUGCUUUCUCCAAUCAGCAAAGCUACAUUGCAGCUAUCAGUGCCCGAUUCGUUCAACUGCAGCAUGGGGAGAUUGAUAAAAGGGUGGAAGUGAAGCCAUACGUGUUGGAUGACCAGCUGUGUGACGAGUGCCAGGGCACCCGCUGCGGAGGGAAGUUCGCUCCUUUCUUCUGCGCUAACGUGACCUGCCUGCAGUAUUACUGUGAAUACUGCUGGGCGGCCAUCCACUCCCGCGCUGGCCGCGAGUUCCACAAGCCCCUGGUGAAGGAAGGUGGCGACCGACCGCGGCAUAUCUCCUUCCGCUGGAACUAAGGCAAGGGAGAAAAUUUAGGAUUGGGGAGGGUCUGGGGGGAAAAAAGGUAGCUAGGGAAGGGGUAUGAGAUGACCUAUGAUAUGAGAAAAUAUAAAUGCACUUUUCUUUUAAGUUAAAAAAAAAAAAACUACUUAAUUUAUAUUGUUUUUUUAAAUUGGGCCCUCUAAACAUAGUAACUAAGAAGAGAGUAAUAUCCCAUUUACGUUUUGACUUAAAGUGUGCAUGAACAUAAGAAUGCAUUCUAUUUGGAUUUUGAUGUUUUCUUACUUGACGUAAUUUUGUUUGGUGUUAGCUGGCAAAGCUGCUUACGUUUGUUUCAAGAAAAUUCAAUUGAGGUUCAUCAUAAAAUCAGCAUAAUAACGAUAGAAGCUGCAUUGAAGAGAGCACGUUUUUCUUUUUUUGCGUGCAGAAUUUGAGAACAACUACCAUUUACCAAAGUUUGAGUUGGGUUUGAAAAAAAGGAGGAAUGUUGUUUUAGAUGGCAAAUCGAUUUGUUUGGAAGCUGUUCUCACCCGCGUUUUGGCGGAUGCCGCGUUUGAGCCGCUUGCAAUUGUGUGAGGUCUCUGUUUAAAAGGGGAAACUUUGUGAACGGAAAGGGCAAACCAAAGAUUGGCCUAGAACGCAUAAUGGAGAGCAGAGGUCAACGCGGAGGUCAGAGUAGUCUGUCAGGAGUUUCAGCUCACUAAGGCCCAGCCCUCGUGGCUCAGGUAUUGGCAGGAGUAUUUGCUCGCUUUACAGUAUAUUGUCAGGGAUCUUAGCACUGGAAGCUAACAUUCUAAUGUAGUUCAAACUAGGGGAAUGCACAGUCCAUUCUUCUGAGCUGUCCUCAUGGUGUACCACUGCACACUCUACCUGGAUUGGAGCUUCUCUCACUAGUGUUGUGGUUGGAUAUGGUUGUAGCUAGAAUUUGCUGUCACAGAGAUAAAGAUAUUAUUUUAUACAUGGCCUGCUGAUUUUUGUACAGUGUUUUAUAGCUGAUUAUUUUGUCAUGGACAUAUAUACAUUUAUUAUGCACUACUUUUCUAAAUAUUUUUUUCAAUAGUCAUUUUAGGCACAUUUUUCACAGAUGGGAGAACUCCUUUUGCAAUACCUCAUUUUUUUCACUUGGUGAAAAAUAAUUUUGUACCUUUGUUACUAAGAGAUCUGCAAUUAUGGUAAACUUAAUUUAAGAAAAAAAAUGAUAUUAAUAUAAUUUUCAAUUAGCUUUUAUAUAUUUAAGUGCUGGCAAAUUUGAACAUUGUCUGGUGUAACGGUGUGAUUCUGGAGCUUCAAAAUAGGCUGUUAUUAGCCAAUCGUACAUAGAUUCUCCUCUGCCCUGAUUAACAUUAUUAGGCAUGGCAAGACCUUUCUAAAAGAUUUUGAUAGUCUUGAAAAUAUAUAUAUUCUGGUAUUUCACUCCUAGGUGUAGUUGAUAUGAUUAUGAGUAAAAUAAAUGUUUUGGCUUCGGUCAACCUGUAAUCAUCCUUCUAUCACCAGAGUGGAUUUGAAUAUUUAGAUUCUCGUUCUGGGACUGCCUGUAAGUUCUUCUUGGCAUGCAUAAUUAUCUACUACAGAAAUUACAUGGCUAGUGUUGAUGCAGGACCUAAUGAUGUAAUGCACUAGAUCUCCAUCCUCCUUUCUUUGCGACUUCUCUUCGAGAUCACCGCUCUCUUGACUUGACGGAGUCUGCCUUUCUCACCCAGACAUCAUGUUUAUGCAAUUUACACUAUGACAACACUUUUGUAAUGUAGAGGACACUCGGUAGGACAUAGGUAAGAAGACUUGAUCACUUGACCCCUUUUGUGAUGUGGCAUGCUUUGGGACAUAACCUGAAUGUGAUGUAAUGUUGCAAGUUAACUGUGAGCCAUUAUGUGCAAUACUUAUUCUUCUUUCCUGAAACAAGUCUUCGCAGUCAGACGUUGAAUCCAUAAGUCAUGCAGUCACAUUAUUUUCCCCUUUUUUUUGUUCCCUCAUACUGAUGAGAGAUAUAUAUUAAAAAAAAAAGCUAAUUUAUACAUGAGUUUAUUUUUGAAUGUUUUAGUUUUGUGCUUACGUACUUAUUUUGCUACUACCAUGCAACUGUGAUUAAAAACAUUGUAUAUACAAGGUUGAUAAGGUAUUACAUUUGCUAUAUUUUCAAUUGAAAUGUAUAACUAUAAUUUGAAUCAGAUUUUUGUUAUAUUUUUGGGGUGAUGUGUUAAACUUGAUGUGUCUAGUUUUUCUAAUUGCUGUUUUGUGCUCUGCAUUUUCAGAAGAAAAAGAAUAUUGAAUAUGUCUCUUAGUAUUACUUGAUUGCAAAUGUUUAAUAGUUUUAAUUGUAUGCUGGGAAGGUUAUAUUUAUUAACUUUUUUUUUUUUUACCUAAUAUAAUUUGGAUUUUUAUUAAGUAAUUUCACAUUUAUAAUUUGGAUUUUUAUUAAGUAAUUUCACAUUUAUACGCAAGUUCUAUUUUUUUUUUUUUUUUAUAUAUAUAUAUAUUUUCUUCCUGAUUAUUUAACGCUACAAUACAGAAAUCCUUUUUCAUAGCUGGUUUGUAGAAGUGAGAUAAAAAACAAAGAUCUAUUGUCAUAUUCAUUUGCUGCCAACCUUGUUUGUAACUGUCUGCAUACAUUUGAAGUAUUUGUAAUGUGAGAUGUUGAACGAAUAAAACAGCGUUGAGGAAGAA